AUGCUGAGAAGGCUAGCAGUGCUGGGCCUCGCGUGCGCAGGAAGCGCGACGGCAGCGCAAAGUUACGGUGCGGCGCCGCCGGCGUACGGCUCAAGCAGCUCCUCGUUGAACGCAGAAUCGAGUUCAACUACAGCAACUGGCUAUGCUUCGUCUUCUUCCAACCUGCCGGCCGGGUCGGAGAGCGUGGUAGCCAGCUCAUCGACUGCCGGGGCGGCAUCGUCAGCAUCUUCCACCAGCACAUGCACGGAAACGUCUGGCGAGGUCAGCCCUGCCAGCUCGGCCUCCGAUAUUCCUGAGUACAGUGCGUCGAGCUUGACAUACACAUACGCACCACCUUCUCCGUCCAGCAGCGUGGUAGCGCCACACAGCUCUUCUGUGCCGGCUUACCCCACUACGGUCACCGACAUUACGACUCUGUACACAACCACUUGCCCUGUGGAGUCGACGUACACUUCCGGCAGCGUCGUUACCACUCGUACUUCGACGACUGUGUCCAUCCUCACCUCAACUUACAAGUCGACCGUCACGAUCUCGUCGAGUCCAAGCAGCAGCUCCACCGUUGCGCCUGUCUCAAGCUCGACACCUCGGCCUCACAAAACUGUCGUGACAGAUAUUACCACGGAGUAUACCACUGUCUGCCCGGCGACGUCGGUCUUUACUUCAGAGAGCCAGGUCCACACGAGCUUUUUUACAACGACUUCCAUUCUGACCUCCGUCGUUCAAUCUACAAUUACGAUCACGGACACUCCACCUGCCAGUUCUUCCGUAGCGGCAGUAAGCUCUAGCGCUCCACCGCCAACUACCGUGACCGAUCUAACAACAAUCUACACGACGGUCUGCCCUCUGACUUCAACGCAUGUCGGCGGUGGCAAAACGCAUACCCGGACAUUCAGCACGACUUCUACACGCGAUUCCGGCGUCUUCAUCUUCAGAGACCACGAGGACUUUUACAAUCGAGACCACGAGCCAAGUGACCAAAACAUUCACCAUCACGCCCUCUUCCAGCCCGACUCGCGUUCGCAAACCGUCAAAGCAUCCCAAACCGGUCACCCGCACGAAAACCUGGACACAUCCAGGACCAGUCACUCGCACGAGGACUCGGACACAUUACACCACGACCCUCUGCUCAAUCUCCUCGAACUUACCAGUGCCAAGUUCAUCCGCCGUACCCGUUUCGACAGCACCGAGCUCAUCACUCGCACCUACCUCGAAGGCCCCAAGGACAACCACGCGCUGGACGACGCAAUACAGCACGAUCCCCUGCUCAUCCUGCUCCAGCAGCAACAGGCCGAGUAG